UUUCACCGCACGAUACACGGAUCAUUGACAGAUGAAUGCCUGAAAUUUAUAAAAACAACAUUCAAACGGUCAAGGAGAUUAAAAAUCAGGCUCCGAUCGCAUAGUCAUGGUUCAAAGAGGAAGACGCGUCAAGGGAGGCGACCGCCACGUGACCGUCGGGAUGUUUCCCCGAUCUUCCGGCAAUGCUUGCUGGAACAAUUAAUUCAUGGGAUUGAUUCCUGUCGUCCACCUCGUUCUUCAACUUGUAUGCAGAAAUGGGUCUGAUCGACUUCAUUAAAGAUAUUAUUCGCCCCGGUAAUGGGGUGGAUUACCCUAAAGCCGGCGAUAUGGUCACGGUCCACUACCACGGCUAUCUUUAUGAUCCGACCCGAUCAUGGAAUCGCGGGCGUCGCUUCGAUAGUAGUAUCAAGCGCGGAAUCCCCUUCACGUUCCAGAUUGGCAUGGGCACGGUCAUCAAAGGAUGGGAGGUUGGAAUUCUUGGUAUGAGCCUUGGUGAAAAGGCUCUUCUUACCUUUGGGCCUCACUACGGAUAUGGUGCAAGGGGCGCGCCUCCAUUUAUCCCUGGUAAUUCAACUCUGGUCUUUAAUGUCGAGCUUCUGGCUAUCAAUGGACGGACUCUUCAAUCAGACGACUCAGAAUAGUGGAAGGAAGCGAAGUGCUGUACUUUUAUGCCCCUGUAUAUUAAUCCCACACUGCGUUUGCAAAGGU